GCUCAAACUCCUAGGCUUUUAUUGUCAUUGUCAGUUGGUUUUGUUGGUUAUGUUGUCUAGUCUUUCAGUUGUAUUUGGGUGUUUGUUUGAUUGUAACAGUGACUCGCAAACUGCCUAACAAUCUAUGUUAAUUAGGAUAUGAUUGAUCAUUUUCCUUAAUCAACAGUUUUAGACAUGGGAAACCCUGACAGUGAUUCUCAUAAUGAAGAUAAUGAAAACAUUAAAAAUAAAGAUGUAGACAAAGAUUUCCAGCCAAGAGAAGCGUUGAUUAGCAAAGCCGUGUUAUUCCUGACUAAUAAGAAACUGGUCCAGCAAGAUCCACACCAUCUGAGGAUGUUCUUAUUAAAGAAAGGAUUAACAGAAGAUGAAGCCUCAAUGGCAUUCCAGCGAGCAGAAGUCAUAAAAUCCCAAAGUGUGCAAGCUGAGUACUCCCAGUCUCUUGUUCAUCCGCAGCUGCCGCCUCCUCUACUCCCCCCUGCUCCAGUGACAUCGGUUUGGUCAACCGUUCAUAAUAUCAUCACCACAGUCACGUCUAUAGGGGGAAUCUUGUACGCCCUCUACUGGCUUUGGAAAACUUACAUAUCACCUUGGUUAUUUGGCCGUAAGCCAAAGAAGAAGCCAAUAGAAGCUUCACUGUCAGAUCUGGAAGCCGCAGUAGGCAACUGCGUAACUGAUAUACAGAUUAUCCGCACUAGCCUGGAUACUCUGGCGGAACAGAAGGCUGCAGAGUUGACACAGGGAGUCGUCGUGUCACGGAUACAGGAGGUCAAGUCCGAGAUUGGAAGCCUCAAGACGCUGUUGUUGAACAGAAGUCAGUUUCCUGCAACUCCAGCUCCGCUGGGGAUUCCUGCCUGGCAGCUAAGAGGAGAGGAUUCCACCCACAUAGAACCUCGUGAACGGGAGGAAGGAGGCUCAGGCGGGUCUGGGUCGCCCGCCAACACCAACGGCAGUGACAGUAGUCUGGAGAUCGUCAAAGAUCCAAACAACCCGUGAGGAGACAUGAUGUGACAGCACUGUGCUCGUUCCUACCGAUACACUGGUCUCAGAUCGAAUUUAUCUCAUUGUUUUGUAUAUACUGCAUUCUUGUGUGGAUGACACGAAUAUGAGAGUAAAUGUUAAAUCAUCGUCACUGUAUUAAUUUCAUUUUUAUUUACAUUCGAACCUUGUUUUCCGCUUCUCAUUAUUGAUUUAGUUAAGUUGUUGUCCUUCCAAUCUUUGGUAUCCAUAUUAUACUCCAUCAGUUUAUUAGGUUAGUAAUUAACAGACCAGUUCGGUUGUAGGUUAAAUUGUUUUUGAAUGGAAUUAUUAUAGAGAUUUUCAGUUUGUAGCGUGUUACUUUCAGUUAUAGGUCAGAACUUGGCUUCUAAAACAGGUGAGCUAGAAAAAUAAAAAGGUAAAAUACUAUUUCAACAUUGUAACAGUAAACAUUAACACAUACAAUGUAGUUUUAUUACGUUGACAGAGCCCUCUAUGCUGUGUGGCCAAAUGAUUUUUGUAUCCUAGAAAUAAUUUAAAUGAGAUGCGAAUUAGUUGUUUUAUAAAAUCUCCAGUUACCAGAUGCUCCAAAGUUUAACAGAAUCAAGACAAGAAUUUAUAGAUGUACUCUUGAUUGUUUAGAAAAGUACUAAUGAAGUGAAAUCUGUUGUUUUUUUUUUUUUUUUUCAAGAAAAAAGUUGUGGAAAAUUCCUAGCAAGUAUAGUGGAUUAUCCUGAGGUUUUUAUGGGAUAUUCCAAGUCUAUCUUCUCCAUCCCCAUCUGUUAACUUCAAACAGUUCAGAAUUUUCAAAUCUUCAGGUAUUUGUAAUAACAACACAUUAGAAUAUUUUGGCAAAUUUCUAAAUUACCCACUAUCCUUGAAAAUAUAUUGUAGUGGCAUCUUAUAAAUUUUUAAUGAGAUUAACUAUAGAUUAAUACCUCAAACUAAAAGCACUCCUGUAUAAAUCUAACAAUACUAAAAAAAAAACUAAUUUCUGCCUACUAUGGCCAAAAUUGGUACCAUUUAAAUGAAGAUCUUACUUUGAUCGUGUGCUAUGUUGGAUAGUAUAGAGUUCACUUGAAGAUCUCUAAUUUUAACCGUUAUUGUUUUUUAUCAAGCCCUUUAAAAUGGGGUGUCACACAUUGGGAUUACUGUUUAAAAUCUUUUACUUCUACAAAUUCCAAUUAUUUUAUGAGAGGUAAUCGUUUUCUAAUAGUAAACCUAUCAUAUAACACCUCAUUUUUCAAAUCUUUAUAAAAGAAGAAUAAUGGUUUGUGUGGUGUGGAUGGUUUUGUCUGAUCAAGACAAUAUAUCUUAUUUGACAUGUUACUCAAUAGGUUGCCCCACUUAAAAAUUUAAGAGUUGUCCUUUUACUCCCAUUUGGAAAGUGAGAGAUAAUUUUGAAAUCCAUCAAUAAAUUCCUUGAGUUAUGUUAUUACAUAUCCUUAAAAAGGUUUGAAAAUUCUCGUUCAAAAUUUAGGUGUGGUAUGUAUGGUUCACUCAGUAUUUGAUACACUGCUAAUAAUUUAAUGUUUAUUACCAGUAACUUACUAAAAUGUAGGAGUGUAACAUUAAAAGUACAAUAAUUUAUAAAUCAUUCUAAAUGUGUAAUGUAAUGUAAAGGAAUUAAUAUAUGUAUGUGACUUGUUUACUUGUGUCAUACCCAAGCUCUGCUGACAAAUGCUUUGUUUAAUCCAACAUUUUUAAAAUUGCAAUAAUUGCUUGGAAAUUGUUAAAUUUUUUUCUUAUUAAUAAAACAUUAUGGGUUCUUAUCUAGAUAAAAAAAUUAAUGAAGCUUAAAUUGCUAAACAUAUUACUUACUGAAGGUUGCCAAAAAUAAGUAGGCUAUCAUAGUUAACAUUGGCUAAUAGUGUAAAGCUUGGUCCGUAAACACAGUCAAUAAUUCAAAUUUGUAUACUAUUCCUAACUCAAUGAAUAUAGGUACUUAACAAAAUAUCUGAAGCAAAAAAUGUUGAAGACCCUUGCCUGCAGAUAAGAACAAAUAUAUGAUUUAAAUAUAACUGAAAUCUCCAGUAAAUUAAGUUAAAGAUUUAAAUUUUUCCUCUUAGUUUUAGUAUUUUAUUAUAUACUUUAAUGUUUAUAUGAAAUCAAAAUACAGAGUUAUAUUCAAAAGUUGUUUCUGAUACUGGUGGUGUAAAUUUUAACUCUGUGGUGGAAUCAGAAGAAAAUAAAAUAUCUCUGAUUCUGAUAUAUAUGUAAUUAAUAAAUUAUUUAUAUAUUUACCUUAAAUGCACUAACUGCACAUUUCAAGCCACUUGCCUUAUUUGGUGACCAGGGUUAUUUGCAGUUGUAAUGCUUGUAUCUUUUUCCUCUUUAUUGGUAUGAAAUAUUAAAACGUAUAUAUAUAUAUAUUGAAAUCUUUGUUUAGUUGUCAAUAUUUCUGAGGGAAAUUACAGUGUGAAAGCUUUGGGAAGAAUAUAGUUUCAUAUUUUUAUUGCUCAUAAUCUAUAGCCGUAGAGUUACAAUAAUGAUUAAUAAGCAGUGAUGUGUACCAAUAAUUGUAUCAAAAUGUUGCCCAAAUAUGUAUUAACUGAUAAUUUAAUUGUGCAAAGGAAAUAUCUUAUUAUUAUUUAAUACUUCAUUAGAAUGAUAAUGAUAACUUAAUAUGUUGUAUCUUAAAGAGUGGAAGACUUUUUUAUCAUUAUGUAUCAAAAGUGUGAUUUUCUAUUUAUCUAAUAAUUUUCUGAUGUUUUUUGUUAUUGUUGAAAUAAAAUAUGUGAAAUUUG